AUGAAGCGCGUGUCACUUUUUGAUUCAAUUAUUAAACAAAAGUACAACAUCAACAACGAACACAAACAACAGCCACGACAAAAACUGUCUCGUAACGCGUCAUUUGUCGUGACGGUCCCGUUACGGACGAUGGAGGAGACAGUCAGAUCGCUGCUACAAUACAAGAGCCGCGUGGAGACUUUGAAGCAGGAGAAGGCGUCUUUAUCAUCAGCCCUGGAGGCGUCAGCGGCGCACUACCAGAGUCAGCUGGCUACGUUGAGCACAGAGAACGAGCGUCUCCGUGGCCAGCUAUCUGCGCUUUCGGCAGGACUCGAAGCCAAUGAACACGAAAGAAAGCUCGAUGACGUGGCACAGCAGGUCGUUAGGGCACUACUCUCACAGAAGAGUAUACGUGAGGAGUUAGGAUGCGCCAGGGCCCGCGUUAGAGAGCUUGAAGCUCAGAACAGAGCUUUAAGUGCGUUGCUGGUGAGGCAACUUCGCCCUGUGCCGCGUCCGUCGCCGGCCACUCCGCUUACACCCAUUACACCGGCACCGAGAGACUUGCAAGUACACCUAGUGGACGUCGGAUCGUGUGGGUCGUUGGUCUCAUUCAGAGACUCGCCACCCCCCGCUCCUCCGGUGCAGCACCCCCAUCCCCUCAGUCACGACGACAAGCGACGCCAUCAGAUCCUGGCCGAUAUAUGGACUGAACUUAAGGGUCUGGAAGUAACCCCAGCAAAUCUGGCGCGUGCGCUGUCAGCCGUGGAUCCCACACUUUGGGCUCCACCGGCAAGACCUGCUACUCUCAGCCUCAAUGUACCUCCUCCUCGUUCUGACUCUGCAAAAGAUGUCAAAGAAGAUAAAGUGACUGAGGAGGAGAGCGGUGAGGCGUGUGAAGCAGGCGCCGAAUCUCCAGAAAGUGGUGCCAAGGACGAAGGCUACUCCACAAUGUCUAGUGACGUUCAGGCUGAUGCUUCAAGGCAAAGUGACCACGCUGCAGACAGGGCUUUACCGGACUUAAAUGAGGCUUCAGAUGAAACAGACAAUCAAACUAUUGUCUCAAUAAACCCUAGAGAAUCUCGAAGGCAUGCUAGGUUAUUGGCUGAGGCGGACUACAUUUACUUUCCUAUAGGUGUAGCGUUUGCUGGAGUCCGCGGCAGUUAUCCUCCUUCGAGACCCGUACUGCCUUUUCAGCACGUCGUUCGAAGCUUUUCUGAUUCACAUCUAUGUUUAAAGUUGAUAGCAGGAACGACGUGUGCCAGCAGUUGUAUGGACACUCCGACACCAAGUUCCGGAGUACUGUUAUUGGACUUAAAGCCGGCACCGGAAAGACCAUUACGACGAGCAGCGAUCGCGUCUACUACGAGUUCCGAAAGGGUUUCAUGGGGAAGCACGGUAGAUGAAAGACCUGAUGGUUCCCAAUAUGAAGCCGAUUACGUCCAGCAUUGGCUAGAACUCGACGACGCAAGAUCAGCUUUGCAACAGAGACACAGAGAUUUAGCAGAUUUAGAAUACGAUAGAGCUGAACUUGAAGACUGGAGUUUAUCGCUUUCGUGUGAAGAUCUCAGAGAUAGGCAAUCGCCAUUCGCAGAAAUCACUACACCAGGCCAAAUAUCGCUGUCCACUUUGCCGAGCAUAAGAGAAGAUGAUGCCUUAGAAUUAGAAGAAGAUGUCGGAGAUUGUCUGUGGAAUGAUUGUGGUUUUGCAACUGUCGAAAUUGAUGAAUGUAAAGGAGACGAUCCGGAAAAUUCCGAGAAGCGAUGGGAAUGUACCGGAACUCAUUCUCCUGGUGGAUCGUGGUCGAGUGCUUCGGAUGCUCAAGACAAGCGAUCUAGCACGGCAUUGAGUGAAGAUGGCGAUUGCACAAAUGUCGGUUUAGAUUUCACUCGAGACUUUUAUCGUCUCGUCAAAUAUGAAAGCACAAAGAGCUUAGCAUCAAAUUCGUCCAGAGGCAUUGCGUCACACGACGCCAAUAGUCAUUUAAGGAUACAUGACGUCCAAUCUAUGGCCAUACAAGACAGGGAACAUGCGCUUCAAAAUGUGCUCCACUUUAUAGCUGAACAACAGAAAUAUUGUCGAGAUCGUGAAGAAUCAGAUUCCAUGUCUUCAAGGCCGGUAUCAGAAAUCAGAGAAUUACCUCCUCCGUACGCUGCGGCCGACUUCGAUGACGAUUCAGUUGGCCCACGUAGCGAAGUAUCCGAAGAUAGAAGGCCAGAUUCCUUUGGUAGUUUCUCAGAGAACGAUUCAUGUGAGGCAAAUUCCGAUCGGCCUAGAGUAUCAUUUAGUGAAACUGUAUCAGAACCAAGAUUCAUUGCACGAGAGGAUCCUUACGUAGAAUCUGAAGCUUUUUAUGAAGAAUUAUCAAGGAUAGAUUCUAGCAACGAAAUUGAGGAUCUCACAAAGGUGCAACGGAAAAACGAAAUCAAUAAAAAUGUUGGUGUAAGUGAUAACGAUGAUAAAGAAGAUAAUUCUGUGCAAUUUUUAAAUAGUACGCCAAAUGAUACUGAAACUAGUCGAAGCGCUGAGUCUAUUAUAGCUUUAAAAGACACCACAGUUAACAUAAUUCUGCCCAUAAUUGCAUCUGAAAUUGAAACCCCGAAGGUGACUUUUGCGUUUACCACAAGCGAAACUGACAUAGCCAUAGUAGAUGAAGUAAUUAGUGUUUGUAAAAGAAACACAGCGCUACUAACAGUUCCUGAAGAAGAAGAAGGCUCCUCGCCAGAAACGAGCUCACCGCAAAUGACUGAAUCCAAUACCACGAGCACUUCAACUGCUGAAACUGUGAUAAUAAGUAAUAAGAAUGAUGUUAAAGAAAUAAGACUUCGAGAACGGAGCCGCAUUCCCACCCUUGCUGGUAAAAGGCCUCCGUCCUCGCCGAGCAAGGGAAAAUCGAAGAUUCCCGUAGCGGGAAAACUUAGACAAGCCAAAUCAGUUCCCAAUGCUGAGCCAAUUAUUGUUAAACAAGAGAAUAAGUUGAGCUUCCACGAGGCUGCCACUUCUAAGGACGUCAUCGAAGAACUUAAUAGGAUGAUUAGACAAAGCGAAACUGGAACGCCUGGAAACGAACCUAAGAAUGAUGAAAAGAACGAUAAAGGCAAUUCGCAUAAGGACAGCGAACUUUGGGCGCCUACAGGAUGGGUGCACGUUGAAAAGGACAUAGAUUUUAGUGAUCCUAAGGCCCGAGCUAAUCUUCUAGACGUGAUGUUAGCAUCGAGCGAUUCUUCUCCAUCAUCGUGUGGCUCCUCGCCAGCCGAACCUCCUCCGCCCUACUCCAGGCUACAUCGCCUGCACAGAUCUAGGAGACAAAAAACCGCGGCGGCGCUGCGUGCCCGCGGGCUCGGCGUGGUGCGUCUGGGCCGAGGCGCGUCGCGGCGCCCCACCAUCCUGGGACGGGAGUCGCUGUUCGUGCGCUACGCCGACCCGGAGCGCGCCGCGGUCGCGACCUUCGACUUCCUCGACGCGUUCUCCGCCUCCACCUCUCCCGAAGACACCCUCGGCGCGCUACCGGACAAAUGAACCGUUGGCUCGUGCAAAUGAGACGAAUUCGAGAUAAUAAGCAAUAAAUGUUUAAUGGGCUGGCUUACACAAGAAGAGUUUGACGAGCGAGAAUUUUAAAUAAAUAUAAUCUUGUGUAAUGGAAACAAACAUGUUUUGUCGGUCCAAGAGCGAUGUUUUCAUUAAGUGUCUUCAUUAAGGCGUUAUCUAAAUGAAAUUUGAAAUGAAUUUUGCACCCGCUCACCUCGCAGUUGGCGGGAGCGCGGCAACCAAUCAGAGAACGCCACGUGACCUAGUUAAAGUAAUAUGAAGCACAGUAUAUGUAAACUUUCUAGAUACUUUCAUUUCCUUAGCACACCGACAAAAUAAAAUUAAUAUACAUAAUAGAGUGAACUCUUGUCGUUGUUUGUGAAAAAUACGAUAAUCGUACUUCAUGAUCGCUCAAGACGUUCUCUGCUCAGACCUCUCAUUGUGAAAGUCAGCAAUCAUUUUAACUAACAGAGCGAGUGCUCAAAGAUAAGUUAGUAUGAUAAGUCCCUAAAAACACGAAAGUUGUCGUCGCUAAAAGUGUUAUGGACGUAACGAGGAUAGACUGCUGCGUUUUGAAACGCCAAUAAGCAAUAAACCGCUCCUCAGAUUGUUAUAUUUUUGUAUUGUGAUAGUGUGUGUGGCGGUCGCGCUUCGACACGUAUGUCCGUUCGCAAUUAUCGAGCGCUUUGAUAUGUGAUUCAAUCGCAUGAAUGCAACGUUUGUAACGAAUUGAUGAGUUUAAGGUUCGGAUGCGUUUAUCACGCCUUUCGUUCCGGGCAUUGCUUAAACCUGGACACAAAGAUCUGAUACAAUUAGCCCGUGCUGGGCAAUGGCCCAGUGAAUGCAGCCUGUCCCUGCUUUUGCAACAGAAAUGUAUUAUUUUUUUUUUUCAAAUAAAUAAAAGGUUAUAUUUGCUUAUGUAGUUUCUCGAAACUAAGCCAAAAUAGUUUUAUUUUUAGUGUAGCUUUUUAAUCAUGCGGCCGCUUCAACUGUGUGGCUGCAGCUUAAUAGAUUUUUCUCGAACUCUUCGAAAUCUAGAUCUUGUAGGUGUCGUAGUAUUAUCACUAUUGGAUUAGAUUAAAACUAUGAUGAAGCACCUAGUCCUUUCGAUUCUAUACUAGACUGUACUCGAUAUAUGUGAAUAUCUAUAUAUAUAUAAUUAUUACGCAUGUGUUGAUGUGUGUGAUUAAGAAUGUAAUACAAACGACUGAUCAACAGCAAUAAUUGUUUCCGACACGUGUUACUGAACAAAGCGCAAUUCACGCCUUAAUAAAUUCAAUCUUAUAAUUGCUUAAAUGUGACGAACAAACAAUCGCUAUACAAUCAAUUACUUCCCGCGAUACGUUGCUUGAGCUUCAUCCACGAUGACUUAGGUAAGGAAUAUGAGAUAAGUAAUUGAAAGCUGCGGCCUCGGAGUAAUGUGAUAUUUUUGUAUAUACUGUAAGGUCCCAAUUAUUUUCUUAUAUACAUUUAAAUGGAUUCAUUUUUGACCGAACGAUGAAUUGUUAACGGGAUUAGGGUGAUGUUCGGUGUGUUCCAGAGUCGCGCACACGUGUUACUGACGUUCGUCCGAUUCAGUAAUCGAUAUUACGCCCGUCACUGUCGUGCUAUCGAUAUCGGUAUUGUGUCAAACGAGCGCGCAGCACUAUUCGUAAUAAGUACUUGUAUAAAUAAUUAAAAAACUAUGAUAUUAUGUAACGACUUGAUUAUCGAAAUAAAAUAGUUCUAUAACAAUCUUCUAACCAUAUACAGAGAUCCAUCAAAUCAAGGGGUACUUAGUAAAUUUAAGUGUACAUAAAAAAAAAGAACUAAUUUGACUUCAUUGUAUGCUAAUUAUUGUUUUGUAUCGUUACUACGAUGGCGUUCAUUUCUUUGUAUAUCUAAUUAGAGGAACAUAUCAUUAAUUUUGAUUGUGUAUAGUGUAAGACAACGAUUUAUGUGUUUCAUUAGGUUCAGUUUAAAUAUGCGAAUAACAAUCGUGAAUAUAUAUAUUUUAUUGAUGGCCGUCAUAAUGAAAAACCAAUAUUUUAGCUCAAGAUUAUUAUUGAAUCGGGUAAGUUGUGUAUAAGUUGCACUCUUAGAAUUGCGCCUCGACGUUAUACGUUUUAUCCUAAUAUUAUUUUUAAUAAAUGUAGCUGAAAUAACGUCAUAUGACUUUUUUUAAGGGAUUUUAUGACCUGGUAACUAAGACCCUU